AUGUUUGAGGCAUGUGACAUUUGGAAUGUCGAUGAAACUGGAGUGGUGACAGUGGUAAAACCAAAAAAGGUUGUAGCAGGUACUGGUGUUAAGCAAAUAGGAUCUCUAACAUCAGCUGAGAGGGGACAACUAGUCACGCUGUGUGCUGGUGUAUCCGCAGGCGGGAAAGCAAUUCCACCGUUCCUUAUUUAUCCUCGUGUUAACUACAGAGACCAUUUUCUAAUUGGAGCACCAGCGGGUUCCAAGGGAACGGCCCAUCCAUCUGGUUGGAUGACAGCUGAUAACUUUCUUCUCUUUCUGCAGCACUUUGUUCAACAUGUCAAACCAACCGUGAAUAAUCCAGUUCUCAUUUUGCUUGAUAAUCAUGUCUCUCAUCUCUCCAUAGACGCUCUUGAUUACGCCAAGGAGAACGGGAUUGUUAUGUUAUCAUUUCCACCGCACUGUUCGCAUCGCUUGCAGCCACUGGACCUGUCGGUCUUCGGACCACUGAAAAGAAAACUGUCGGUGUCGCAAAGUAACUGGCUUCGUAACAAUCCAGGGAAGCCAAUAUCUAUAUAUGAUAUUGCAGUCAUUUUAUGUAACCCAUGGAAGGAGGCACUAACUAUGUCCAACAUUUGUAGUGGUUUCCAAAAGGCUGGGAUUUUCCCAUUAAACACAGAAGUUUUCACAGAAGAAGACUUCAUGCCAUCAGCCGUGACGGACAGACCAUUAGAAUCGGGACCAGUAAAGCCCGCGGUUGCCCCAGUAGAACAAGUUUUUGACACGUCCACUACCAGUAACAGAGAUAUAGAUUCGGAACAAGUACUAGUAGAUGACACCCAAAUUGACAGAGAUACUAACAUGAAUUGCUAUCUUCAAGAACAGAAUAUUUCAUCCAUAUCCGUAAGCGGUGACGGACAUUGCCUCCUUUAUGCCGUUAGUUCAUCCUUGUAUGCUGCUGGAGAUGAGAUUUUUUACAGAUGA